UUGAAUCAUACUUAUAUGGCCCAUCUCUAAAACCACUAAAGAGAGCGACAAAACCAGAGUUUGUGUGUCCCUACCCCAUCCAUGGCUGCUAAAAUCUUGUGAUUACCUUCUUGUCUCCUUCCUCUUCUCUUUCCCUCUUUUAUAUAACAACCAAAAUAUCAGAGCUUUUGUUCAAUCAUCACUUGCAGGCUCUCUCUCUCUCUCUAUCUAAUUUCAUCUGUCAAAAAAAAGAAUGGCGACUGUUGAUGAAAGCUCUGAUUUCGAAGCUGUACAGAAGCAUCUCUUUGAAGACUUGAUGGUUUCUGAUGGUUUCAUGGGAGAUUUUGACUUUGAUGCUUCUUUUGUCUCCGGACUUUGGUGUAUAGAAGAACCUCAGGUCCCUAAACAAGAACCUGAUUCUCCAGUUCUUGAUCCGGAUUCUUUCGUCAAGGAGUUUCUGCAAGUGGAAGCUAAAUCAUUACCAUCAUCACCAGAGCUGAAUACAUCAUCAUCAACAUAUGAGACUGAUCAGUCUGUGAAAAAGGCAGAAAGGUUUGAAGAAGAAGCAGAAACGAGACAUUACAGAGGAGUGAGACGAAGGCCCUGGGGGAAAUUUGCAGCAGAGAUUCGAGAUCCCGCAAAAAAAGGAUCAAGGAUCUGGCUUGGAACAUUUAAGAGUGAUGUUGAUGCUGCAAGAGCCUAUGACUGUGCAGCUUUCAAGCUCCGGGGAAGAAAAGCCGUUCUCAACUUCCCUCUUGACGCCGGGAAAUAUGAAGCUCCGGCGAAUUCAGGUAGGAAAAGGAAGAGAAGUGAUGUGCAGGAGGAGCUUCAAAGAACUCAGAGCAAUUCAUCUUCAUCGUCCUGUGAUGCAUUUUAACAUUUUAAGAGUGUGAGCAGUUUCCUUAAGUUGUAUAAAUUAAUUGUACAAAGGAAAUGAACUGUGUAGCUAGGUUAGUGUGCCUUGCAACAAAUGUGUAUGGAUGUUUUUUUGGUAAAACAGAUGUGUAUGGAUGUUCUGUUACUUCAUGUCCCUAAGAUUUACUUCUUAUUGCUAAGAAAGUUAUUGAGUUCUAGAUCUCCAAGUAACCUAA